CAAUUUUGAAAGAUCUUCCUCUGAAAUUUUCCCUCGCAUCUAUGAAAGACAUGGGCGAAAAGCACGUUUCCAAAGACGAGUGCAUGAUCCUGAACGACAUUCUCGGCAUCAAGACUCUCUCCGGAUGUUACGCUAUGAACCGUAAUGAUUUGGAGGACAACUUUACGAUUCCGGGAGAGAACAAAUUUGAAGGCAAAGACGCUCAGCUUUAUCGCAAUUCGUGGCUUAUGCCCCGCAUGGCUCGUCGCCUGACUCGCAAUAACAAACACCAUGUCAGCAACUGGCGUCAGGAUCCGAUUAUUGAUGAUGCAGAAUGCGCCCGGCUUCGAUUACUGUUGACCAACAAGUUGGAUACAUCUGAGCAAGUCCAUAUCAACCUCCCCAAGGCAUGCCGUGACUCAAAACCGAUUUCUCUUUAGUUGUCCUGAGUUAAAUUACUAUCUUUGAAGAAUGUCGUACAAGCGGCUCCACUCACCAUUCCCUUCCAUUAGACGAAACCGAAAAAGAGACGGACAAGCUCUGUACUUUUUUGUAAGCGACCACGUAGUCUCAAUGAGCCAUAGUGCAUUGUUUCUAUAGGGAUCAUUUACUGCAGGAUUGGGCUAGAUUUACAUCAUACUAACAAAAAAAAUUAAGUUACUGCU